CGGCUGCUGCCUAGUCUGUGUGUGAGUCAGUCAGGGCUACACAUGGUGCUGAGAGGAGAAGCACAGACCCUUUUUUAAAGGGAUCCAGACCCUGUGUGAGUGGGAUCAGAGCAGACAUGUUGUUCCAGGAGCUGUGUGUCCCAUUACUUCUAUCUGUACUGCAGUCCUCCUCCGUCCAGAGUCUGGAUCCCUAUGACCUGCUGUAUGACAGCGGGAUUGAGGCAUACUACAGAAAUGACUAUGAAAAGGUGGUUGAGUAUAUGGAAAAGGCAAUCAGCAGCUUCACUCAGCUCAGGCAGACCAAGAUAAGCUGCAGGGUGGGCUGCAAGCGCAGGUACCCCAUUGAACUGGUCCCCAGUAACUGGGAUAUAACUUUAGCUGGAGUCCUGCUGCUUCGGGCAGCCUGUGCCAGGCAGUGCGAGGAGGGCAGGCUGGGGACACUGUCCAGGCACAGAGUCAGUGAGGACAUCAAGAGUGAGUUCCACCGGAGGAUUCCCUACAACUUCCUUCAGAGGGCGUACUUUAAGCUAAAUCAGCUGGAUGAGGCGGCAAAAGCUGCUCAUACAUUUUUCAUGGCCAAUCCAGAGCAUAUGGAAGUGCAGAAAGACUUAAAGAGUUACCAAGUAAACCCAGAUGUCCCACUGAUUGACAGAGAGCGACGUGCUUAUAUGGAUGAUUACCAUACAGGUAUGAAGCUGUAUGAUCAGGAGCAAUACGAGCAGGCUAUUAGGCACUUUGAGGAGGCUUUGAAAGGCUAUUAUCAAGCUGAUGUGGAUUGCAGAGCCAUGUGUUGGGGACCACAAAAGUUUGAUGAAUAUGAAUAUGUAGACUACAGUGCCACCCUGUAUGAAGCCAUUGCAGAUCACUACAUCCAGAUUUUGGCUUGUGAACACGAGUGUGUGAGAGACCUUUCCACACGCCCUGGACGUUUGUCACCAAUUGAGAACUACCUUCCCUUGCACUAUGACUUCCUGCAGUUCAGCUACUACAGAGUUGGGGAUCAUGUGAAAGCGCUGGAAUGUGCCAAGUCAUACAUGUUGUUCCAUCCUCAGGAUACAGAUGUGUCUGAGAAUGUCAGCUAUUAUGAAAGCUUUAUAACUGACUAUUUGUAUCCAGCUGACAUCAAACCUAGAAAGGAUGCUGCAGAUUUUGUUAGACGUCACAGGCUGGAAUCAGCAAUCCUCCAUACUGCAGCUGAAGGACUGGGAUUUUCAUACAAUGAGCCGGACUUUUGGGUUACUGGUGGGGACCGGCAAGAUGAAAACAGGAUCCCAUCUGGGACUGCGCUGACCGAUGUCACUGGACUCUUAUCAGGAAAAAAGGCUGUGCUCAGAGUUGACCGAGAGCUAAGGGAGGGGGGCCCCUUGGUAUACGAUAAUGUGAAACUUGUGCACAAUUCAGAGUAUCUUAAUGGCACUCAGAGAGUCCAGCUCGAUAACGUUAUUACAGAGGACGAAUGUCAAGAGCUGCAGGGAGUAGCCAAUACCAUAGUGCUAGCUGGAGAUGGAUACAGGGGUAAAACUUCACCUCAUACUCCAAAUGAGAAGUUUGAAGGUGCCACAGUGCUAAAGGCUUUAAAGUACGGCUAUGAAGGUCACAUGCCAAUGAAAAGUGCUCGCUUGUUUUACGAUGUGAGUGAAAAGGCUAGAAGAAUUGUACAGUCAUACUUCAUGCUGAACACUACACUCUACUUCUCUUAUACACACCUAGUGUGCAGGACAGCUCUGCAGGGUCAGCAGGACAAUAGAAAUGAUUUGAGUCAUCCUAUUCAUGCUGAUAAUUGUCUGCUAGAUCCAGAAGCCAAUGAAUGUUGGAGGGAGUCACCGGCCUACACAUACCGAGAUUAUAGUGCUCUCCUAUAUCUUAAUGGGGAUUUUGAUGGCGGAGAAUUUGUAUUCACUGAAAUGGAUGCUAAAACUGUCACUGCUGCCAUAAAGCCUAAAUGUGGUCGGUUGGUUGGGUUCUCUUCUGGAGGGGAGAAUCCUCAUGGGGUUAAAGCUGUCACCAGAGGGCAGAGGUGCGCUGUCGCUCUCUGGUUCACGUUAGAUCCGAUGUACAGAGAACUGGAACGGCUGCAGGCGGAUCAGGUCAUACAGUCACUAGACCAUACUGAUCAUAUAAGUGGAGGAAGAGAAGAGCUGAAUAUCAACCCUAAGGAUGAGCUAUAACAAGGGAUGUUUGAUUAAAAAAGAGUAUUUAUUAAUUAUUAAUCUUAUUAGAACAUUUUAUUUUUGUACAAAGCAUAAAAUGUAAUGUAAAUAAUAAGCCACAAGAAGGAGCUCAAAUUAUAUUUCCCCUGAAGCGUUUUUUUUUCUCUAUUCUAUAUAUUGUACAGUUUUUGUUUCCUGGAAUUUACUACUGAGAACUGUACUGUAUUUGUGUUUCUAGAAUGUUGUUGUCGCCAGUAUUAUAAUUAGUAUUAAUUCCAUAAUAAUGCCCCAUAUGUAUUCUGCUACUGGAAGAAACCCUGCGAGGAGCUGGAUUGUUUCCUGGCCAGAGUUACACAUCUUAUACUGUAAAUGAAUCUGUUGGUCUGUU